AUGAGGCAUUGGAAAGGGUCAUUCAUUCCUGCUGACCUUAGCAAAGGAAGAACAGGUUUUGCAUCUGUGGAUCUGCUUGAACGUCGAAUGGCGAUCUUCGGGUUCCUUCUUGCAAUGGAUGAAUGGAAGGAUGCCGGCAAACUCCCUCCAUCUCUCCAACUGGGUUCUGCGAUCCAGAAGCAAAUCGAUGUGAAUGUUACAGUAACCUCCGAGACCACCACUCGCGAAGUCGACGAGAUUGAAUACAUUGUCGCCCGUCAUUAUAUUUCCUGCUUUGCGACAACGUUCGGACGUGCGCCUACUCUCCCCCAUCGCCUAUCGUAA